AGCAGCCAGUAUGGGAUAGAAGUGAUGCGCAUGCGCGUUGAGCUCUAUGGCUGGCUGAAGAAAGAAAGUGUAUCCUGAUUCGUGUCACGUCUAUGGUUGAGAGCGAAUGAUAGAGUAGCUCGGGGGACAAAGCAGGAUGGCCGCUCUAAUGGUUCGACGUGUCUUGCUCCUGCCCGGCUGUCUCUUUCGCUCGCCAAAGCGCGGCUACCGCGGGGAUUCUCCGUCUGAUUCUGGGAAGGACCUGCUGGAGAUCCCGCUCCCUCCCUGGCAGGCUCGGCCUCACGAGCCACCGGCGAGCAAGCGCGCGAGGCUCUUGUAUGAAAGCCGCAAGAGAGGCAUGUUGGAGAACUGCCUGCUGCUCAGUUUAUUUGCCAAAGAGAACCUGAAUCAAAUGAAUGAGCAACAACUGGACCUUUAUGACCGUCUGAUAAAUGAGCCCAGCAAUGAUUGGGACAUAUACUACUGGGCAACAGAAGCAAAGCCUGCUCCAGAAAUCUUUGAGAAUGAAAUCCUAGAGAGGCUUAGAGAGUUUACCAAAAACAAGCACAGAGAGAAGAGACUACGACAACCAGAUCUGGAAUAUCUUGCUGAAGUCUCACGCUGAUCUUGUGUGCAUUUUCAUAAAUGCCCAGCUUGGGGCAGCCUUUAAAAUGUAGGAUCAUAUUUGUGCUGCAAUUUUUUCUCUUAAAAUAAUUCAUGCUUAAUCUUCAGUAAAUUCUCAUAUGAGUAGUCAUUUUCUCUGUAUUGUAUUGUUCUGUAAUAAAACUGCUUUUUUUUCUUGAAAGAAGAACUGAUGCACACAUUAGGAAAUAGUGGUGAGAUCACUUACUGCACUUUAGAAAUGUCUUUUAUUUAUUUGAUUUUUAGACUGCUGUAAUCAUGCAAAUUUUGGCGACUUACAUCUAACUGGAGCCUAUGGGUGUGUGUUCGUGUGUGUAAUUUCUAAGGCACAAUCUUAACCAGUUAAAAGCCUCAUUAACCUCCUCCCCAAAGGCUAAAGGGUUGGGCUAAACCCCAUAAUUUGAGUCUUGCUUGAAGUGAGGAGAUGCUUCUCCAUCAUGGCUACUCCACUGUGGAACAGCCAACUAGUGGAGAUAGAACAUAAUUUGAGUCUUGCUUGAGUUCAAUUUCAGCCUAUUUCUGCCCAUCCAGAUCCUGAAACCUUCCUGACAUAUAAUUACUGGAUGAUGCAAACAAAAGCUGUCAGCUGAUUCAUCAAGAAAUACUUCUGUUUGUUAAUUUAAUUAGAUACUAACCUUGACCAACCCCAGGCUUUCUGUGCAGGUGUUAAUAUUGUACGUAUGAUGAUUUUGUCCCAGAGAUAUGCAAAUAGGAUAACCAUGAAUUUGUUGGCAUUUAUAUUAGCUUGUCUAUUAUCCAUUUAUUUCCAGUUACGAGAUUUUUAACAGAAUAGCAACUUCUAAGUAAUAAUGUGUAAUGAGAUACCCUGUGAACAAAAUUAUAGUAUUAGUUCAGAUAUGUCAGUGCAUGUAUUACUUUGUAUGCAACAACUUUCUUUCUGCUUGGCCAGCUCUUGCCACCUUCUACUUGGCCCAGCUGCUGCUUUGCUGUCCUUCUAGUUUCUCUGGCAAUAGCUCAGGCAACCAUCAGAUUUUUGUAAUGGAAAUUUCACAGGCAUUUUUUGUUCUUGGAUUCAGAUUCUGCUGUGUUCUCAAAACCUAGGUAUGGGAGAUUUUUUUUUUAACUUGGGAGUAAGUGGUCCAUAUUGUAAUCAAGCUAUCCCUGACUCAGUGAUCACCAGAAAUUUUGCGUUACGACUCCCGUCAUCCUUGACUGUUUGAUGAUGGUUGACAAUUCAUAGGCAGAAAUAAAUUUUCAAGGGAGCUUGUAAAUACCAUAGAGGUCUCCAAAGGAACUUGUAUACAGCAGUGGCUAUUAACAUUUUACCUUGCUGAAUAAAAUGUAAUCAGAACAAGUAUGUUCUACAGGAGAUUAGUUGCAUUUAACAGAUGUAUAUUCAUUGCUUGUCUGGUUACUGUAAUUUAACAAGUUUGGCAGAUGGUAAACAUCUGCAUUAGCUUUUAGAUAACAAGUUCAUUUUGUACAUAAAUUUCUUUAGCUCUUCAGUAUUUUUAUGAUUCUAAUGGAAAAUGCACAGAUUACAAAUUGAAAUGUGUAUUUGAAAGCCUUAAAAACCAAGAAGUAUAUUAAAAGUUCGUUAGAAGUAUUUUUCUUGAUCAGCCAAUACUCUCUGUAACUGUUUUAGGUUCGUGAUUCAAAGAUGUUGUAUUAAUACAGUAUCUUCCUGUUGUUUCUCUUUCCAUUUGUUAUUAGUGACAUUAACUGCCCACAUGCUGUUUUGAAAGUGACCGUAAGAAAUAAAAACAAUUCAGUUUCAUUUGUGCCAUCCUUAUAGUCUUAUCAGAUGUAAUUUUGUAGGCAAGAUAAGCCUAAGGUCUGUAUUUCUCUCCUGUUGAUCAUAUACUGGCUAAAUAAACCAUAAAUACUGUAACACUUUCAGGCAGCUAGAAUUUAAUUUUAUUAUGAAGGGUAGUUUUACCCAAUAAAACUUUGGAGUUACGAUUAUAUACAAUACUUAAAACAA